GCGGUGGCGCCCGCGGCCGCCGCGUCCGGGCUGAGGCGAUGGCGGCGACUGCGGUGGCGGCGGGGGCGGGGGCUGUGGCGGGAACCGAGUCGGCCCAGGGUCCCCCGGGCCCGGCAGCGGCGCUGGAGCUGUGGCUCAGAUGCAGAAGCUGCUCCCGUGAGAACCGCUGCUCCUCUCCAUAUGUGAACAGACUGACAGAUGCAGGCAGCACCAGCAAUCUCUUGAACCACUGAGGUGCACUGGAAAAUACAAAGCCACAGACCCAAGCAUGUCGGAACAGGAUUGGUCAGCUAUCCAGAAUUUCUGUGAGCAGGUGAACACUGACCCCAAUGGCCCCACACAUGCGCCCUGGCUACUGGCCCACAAGAUCCAGUCUCCACAAGAGAAGGAAGCUCUUUAUGCCUUAACGGUGCUGGAGAUGUGCAUGAACCACUGUGGGGAGAAGUUCCACAGCGAGGUGGCCAAAUUUCGUUUCCUGAACGAACUGAUCAAAGUGUUGUCCCCAAAGUACCUGGGGUCCUGGGCCACAGAAAAAGUUAAAGGAAGAGUCAUUGAAAUACUCUUUAGUUGGACAGUCUGGUUUCCGGAAGACAUCAAGAUCCGAGAUGCCUAUCAGAUGCUGAAGAAACAAGGAAUUAUAAAACAAGACCCUAAACUACCAGUGGAUAAAAUCUUACCCCCACCAUCUCCCUGGCCCAAGAGCUCCAUCUUCGAUGCUGAUGAAGAAAAGUCCAAGCUUCUGACAAGGCUUCUAAAGAGCAACCACCCUGAGGACCUUCAGGCCGCAAACCGAUUAAUCAAGAAUUUGGUCAAGGAGGAACAAGAAAAAUCGGAGAAGGUGUCCAAGAGGGUCAGUGCGGUGGAGGAAGUGCGAAGCCAUGUGAAGGUGCUGCAGGAGAUGCUGAGCAUGUACCGCAGGCCAGGGCAGGCCCUGCCCGACCAGGAGGCCCUGCAGGUCGUGUAUGAGAGGUGUGAAAAGCUGCGGCCCACGCUCUUCCGGCUGGCGAGUGACACCACUGAUGACGAUGAUGCACUCGCGGAAAUUCUCCAGGCAAAUGACCUCCUCACCCAAGGAGUUCUGCUGUACAAACAGGUGAUGGAGGGCCGGGUCACCUUUGGAAACAGAGUGACCAGCUCAGUGGGAGACAUCCCUGUCUCCAGAGUCUUUCAGAAUCCAACAGGCUGCAUGAAGACCUGCCCCCUGAUUGACUUGGAGGUGGACAAUGGACCUGCGCAGGCGGAGACUGUGGCACCAUCUUUGCUUCAUCAAGACCUGGCAGCCUUGGGAAUCAGUGAUGCUCCUGUUACAGGCACGGUUGCUGGUCAGAAUUGCUGUGAGGAAAAGAGGAAUCCCUCCUCCAGCACACUGCCAGGCAGUGGUGUUCAGAACCCUUCUGCAGACAGGAAUUUGCUGGACCUCCUCUCACCACAGCCAGCUCCGGGCCCUCUGAAUUAUGUUUCGCAGAAAAGUGUCCCCAAGGAAGUGCCCCCAGGUACUAAGUCCUCUCCAGGUUGGUCCUGGGAGGCUGGCCCGUUGGCUCCUUCCCCAUCUUCACAGAAUACACCUCUGGCUCAAGUGUUUGUCCCUUUGGAGUCUGUUAAGCCCAGCAGCCUGCCACCUCUCAUCGUGUAUGACCGGAACGGAUUCAGAAUUCUGCUCCACUUCUCCCAGACGGGAGCCCCUGGGCACCCAGAGGUACAGGUGCUGCUCUUGACCAUGAUGAGCACGGCUCCCCAGCCUGUCUGGGAUAUCAUGUUUCAAGUGGCUGUGCCAAAGUCAAUGAGAGUGAAGCUACAGCCAGCAUCCAGCUCCAAGCUUCCUGCAUUCAGUCCUUUGAUGCCUCCAGCUGUGAUAUCUCAGAUGCUGCUGCUUGACAAUCCACACAAAGAACCUAUCCGCUUACGGUACAAGCUGACAUUCAACCAAGGUGGACAGCCUUUCAGCGAAGUAGGAGAAGUGAAAGAUUUUCCAGACCUGGCUGUCUUGGGUGCAGCCUAACUUUUCACAAAACGGACCCUUCAUUUCAAGCUUAGGCUGGCGUUACUUUUGCUGUCAAGUCGGGACUAAUGGUGUUUCAGUGCAGAGUGCCAAGAGUCCUAUCCUGACAUCAGGCUCUGGGUGUCAACCUCUGACUUAUUCUGCAGAUGCUGUGUGUGUGUGUGUGUGUGUGUGUCUGUGUGUGUUUGGGGAGAGGGUGGUAGCGCAGGGCUUGGGAUAUUGGCAGUGUGGGAAAUGCGAUGCAUUUCUCAUCAUCAUCAUCUCUGCUACAGUCAUGUUUCUGCAUGUCAGCGAGCGACACUGUCCCUGCCUCAGGUUGGAGGUUUUAUCAGCCAAAGUGUUUUUUUUCAUGUAUUGUUCGUUCCAUUCAUCCACUCUGUGCCUUGUCAGCCUUUGAAAGUCUUGGUUGCUCCCAGGCUGCUGUUCUCAGGGACCUUAAAAGGGACCUGGUUAGUCUUGGGGCAGAGAGUAUCUUCUUGGGCACUCUCUUCCAAGAAAGACCUUGUCUCCAUUUUCAUUAGACAAUGCUUCUUGUGUGUGUUCUGGAAGAUCUUCUAAAUGGAAUGCUUGUUGCACUGUUCCCAGGCAAGUGGGUGCCAUGAGACCUGAGGACCACACUUGGGGGACCAAUCAUGUCCUUCACCACUGUGCCUUAGAAUCGCCCCUGGACAGGCCUCCUGGGCAGAGGGGAAAGCAGCUCCCAGGCCUUAUUCAGGCCUCAGGUCCAUGGGUUGGGCAGCCAGUCUGGGCCCUUCUCAGGAUCCUCAUCUCCAUCCUCAUCCUCUUCCUUCACGGCAUUUACUCGGAGCUCUUUGUGACACACCAUGUCGGUCAUGGUGAAUCGGCCAACAGCCAGCCCUUCCCAGCUGACGUCACAGUCUAAGAUGGGGAACUGUGGUACAGAUAGACAUGAAGAGAGCUUAGCAAUGAUCGAGGUGGUGACUAAAUAUACAGUCAUUAAAUAAAUACUAUGUAGCAAAUGUACUUUGUGGAGUGUUGAGUAAGUGGAAAAUGGAAAGCCAGUUGCAUUUAGAGAUGAUAGGCCUAAAGGGAACUGUCUUCUGUCGAGAAGUAAAGGAAACUUCCUGAAGGAUGUAGAAACUUAACUGCCUCAGUGAAGAAAACCUGAAGAUCUGAGGCAAGCUGGACAGGAGAGGUGGAUAUUUGUUGAAGGAAAAAUUCAAGUUUAUAAUCAGUUCCCACUUAGUGAGCACCUACUGUGUGCUAGGAACUUGAAUGUGUAUUUUUGACAAGUCCUGCUUGGCCUGAUGGGUGAGAGAAGGAAGCUGAGCCUGGCUGGGAUGGCCAGGCGGAGGGCUUUGACGUCCAAGCAGCUGAACUGGCUGGGUGGGUUUCUGCCUCUGAAACUGCAAGGCUUGUUUGGAGCUCUUAAUCACAAUAUCUGAUAUUUUUACAAUCUGAUCUUUUGGCUUCUACAUAUAGUAGAAAUCUGCCAACACUAAUUAGUGGAGGUGGAAACUGUAAAAGAUCAAGUAUGCUAAUUUUAAGCAGAUGUAAAAACUCAUAAAACAGAUAAACAGUGGGGUGAUUUCAUUUGCCGUAAUUCACAUAAGACAAAUUUUAAUCUAAAACUACUUGCUUGUGUUCUGUGUGGCCUUUUUUUUUUUUUUCCUGUUUUUUGAGGCCACUCUGUCACCCAGGCUGGAGUACAGUGGUACGAUCUCAGCUCACUGCGAUCUCUGCCUACCAGGUUCAAGCGAUUCUCGUGCCUCAGCCUCCCAAGUAGCUGGGACUACAGGCGUGAGCCACCACGCCCAGCUAAUUUUUGUAUUUUUAGUAGAGAUGGGGUUUCACCACGUUGGCCAGGCUGUUCUCAAACUCCUGACCUUAGGUGAUCUGCCCACCUCGGCCUCCCAGAGUGCUGGGAUUACAGGCAUGAGCCACCACACCCGGCCUCUGUGUAGUUUUUAUAGGCUCUGUUGCUGUUGCAUAGUCUUGAAGAGGUACCCAUCAUAAUGACAGCAUCUCCCUCUGAAGGGUUUUGGUCAAAAUGGGUGAAUGAGACUUACACAUAAAGACAGGCUUUCUCCCCUGUAGUUCAGAGGUGAACUCACACGUGUGUACCUGAACAUUCUUGCUUUUGAGGAGACAGACUCCCAGUGGUACUUACUGUGCUUAGGUGUUGGACAGGAUAAGGUGUGGGAGGAGAGAAGGCAGGCUGCUGUCCUGAAAGUGGCUGUGGUUUAUGUUAUCACUCCCUUCUAAUCAGCAAGUCCAGUGGCCACUCACAGCCCAGCUCCUACCUCUUCAUUCACUCAACAAGUAGUGGCUGACGCCUAUAAUCCCAGCAUUUUGGGAGGCUGAGUGGGAUGACCGCUUGAGCCCAGGAUUUCAAGUCCAGCCUGGGCUACAUAGUGACACCUCGUCUCUGUUUGUUAAAAAACUAGUAGUUGACCAGCUACCCUGAGCCAAGGCACCACCCUGAAGGAGCUUCUCUUCCUCUGGGGAGAAGCAAAUUCAUGAUGUGUGUGCUGGAGAUCUGGCACUCAUGGCCAGUGCUUUCCAGUAUCCUGAACUCUUCAGGGGUCCUGUUGACCCCUAUUUCGUGACCUACCUCCGUGACUGCUCUUUUUCCUCUGUCUUGUAAGUGGUAGUUUUCCAGAGUCCUGUCCUCAGGACUUUCCCGUCCACACAGAGGCCUGGUAGUCAGGUGACUCUAAACCAUUAGAUGGAUUGUAGACCUCUCUCAAGCUGCCACCUCCUUGCUGUCCCCAGAUCAUAUUUCAGUCUGUCAGUGGAUAUCUGUAUCUGGAGGUUCCACUGUUGCUUCAAUCUCAGUUACUUAGAAUGGAACACAGAGUCCUGCCCCUUUCCACCUACAUGCUCUUACUUGAAAGCACCUGAGACUUAUUGGGUCCCUGAUUCCUGCUUCAUCUGUAUCUGCGGAGUAGUUGUAUGUCAAGUGGCCUGUUUUCUAAAUAAUCCACAUCACGUCCUCCCUGCACUUACGUUGCCACUGCUCUGGUUUGGACUUUUUUGGCGGGGGGGAUGGGGGAGACGAUGCCUCUGUCCCAAUUCUGAGUACCAGCUCUGGUUCUUGCCACUACCAGAGUUCUCUAGCAAAUCUGAGCAUCUGACCGGGUGAAAAAUUCUGAAUGGCUUCCUGAUGCCUAACUUUAUGGGAUCAAAUUCAAGUUGCACGCUGACACUCAGUGCCCUUCUGGUAUCUGCCAAGACCAGGGCCUGCUUCACCACAGCCACAAUAAAGUCCUUUCAAGCCCUGA